GCCAAACGUAUUGUCACACUUUGACUAUUAGAUUCAUUCGAGACGAUUGUUUUCCUAAAGUAAAUCCUUCGAAAUGAAUUGUCGAAUCAACUUACUACUUGCAUUAAGUGUGCAAUUCGUGUGUCUCGUUUCUGUUCUGGAAGCCUAUUCAAAUGGAGAUCUGACUGCCGCCUGCUCCACCAUGGCUCCCGUGCACGACGGGACUGCUCCUAGUACCGAUCCUUGCCCUUAUGAAACGGUCCCAUCACAGACGACGAUCAUUCAAGGAGAAAGUCUCACCAUCACAUUACGAAAUAUCACAACAACUUCCUUCAAAGGUUACAUGACAAUGGCCUUCGAUGCCUCCAAACCGGACGAAGCUGGACCAGUCGGAACGUUUGAUAUGCCAACUGACGGCCAGAUAUUGAGCUGCCCCGAUGGUGUAAAUAAUACUAUUUCUCACCAAGACAACAACAGUAUCAAGAAGUUCGUGCAGGCCAUCUGGACGGCACCGGUUGACUUUGUCGGCUCUGUCGUCUUCAAGACGACAUUUGUGCGAGGAGAAGCUAUUUACUGGGUGAAGGAACCAUCAACGGAAAAUGUCGCAGUAACAACUUUUUAGUUUAGUUGUUAACACUUUGACUGAGUUUUGACAAUUUUGUAGUUGGCAUAAUGCACAUGCAUUAGUGUAAUCAAACUUAACGAAAGCUUACUAGGGAAUACAUUACAAAGUGCUAUUCGAAA